UAUAAUUUUGUAGAUUUGAUGAUCGGAGGUGGCGGUGGUUUCUUCUCCCCGAUUUUUCACAACACGCGCGGCGUUGUUUCAAAAGUUCGGCAAUCAAUAAUAACCUCGUCUGUUAAUAAUUGUCUAUCAAAUUCACUCCGAGGAGGAACAGGAACUAAUUGUCUCGGCUUCUCACGACAACCACAUGAUAUCGGACAUUUUAGGAGUCAUAAAUGGAGACCCUCGACUGCUAGUGCCAUCACGAGGUACAAUGGCUACUCGAUCCACAAGAGAAUAGCCACAGGGAGGAGGGGAAUGGAAAUUCUACUGAGGAAAAUAUCAAAGGGAGAGAAGUACAUUGCUCCAUAUUCCGAACUAAGGUGGAAGAAACACGUCUACUCUCCUCUUAUGAGAUUCAGACCUGAAGGUGGUCCGGUGGACCCUAACUGGAAGCCAAUGGUGAAGGCAAAAGACUAUGUUCGCUUCCACAGACCAGACCCAAUAGACACUGCGUCGUCCAAACGAACACCCCACGGCUACUCGUUCGACUACUCGGGCGAAGGAAAGAAACAAAAGAAGAUGCCACCGUAUGAGACUGAUAAGUAUAUAACAGCAGUUGACCCACAAUACCCUUACAAACCAUCGACUGCGAGAUAGCAUCCAAGUUUGGAGACAAAUCUUUACCUGAAUGGUGACACUGAUGAACUGGCUGCUUGUUGUUUGAUAAUUCAUAAUUAAAAUGUUUGACCGAAA